AUGCACGCGCUCGAAGCGGAGGAUGGUGCUCAAAGCCGCGGUAUGUCGGCCCUUUCUCGCUCUUCGCCGUCUUCUUCAUCCCCAUCGGUAAUGCUUGGCAUCCAGGAGCCGACUAGUCCACUACCCGAGACAAGCGCUGGAUAUGUGUUGAUAAAGAGCCGCGCAGCCCGUCAUAAUCUGAUCCAGGCAUUUCUUUCCAAAUGUUUCCCCAGUGGAUGGGCAUCUCGGACAAACCGCUCAUGGCUACCCCUGCUUAGUGAGCUACCAGCUACGAUGAACUCUAACCCAUUAGAGCUAUCAGGUAUCGCACUCGCGGCUUCGGUUAUAGGACGCGAGCGUCAGGAUUUAUCUCUGAUAAGCCUGGGUCUAAAGUGUUACACCCAAGGACUCAAUCAGCUGCGCAAGGCUUUGCGUCACCCUAUUCUCACGAAAGAAGAUUCAACUCUGGCUGCUUGCAUGGCACUUAAUCUUUACGAGACCAUUGAGUGUCCCAGUGAAGGAUCUGGCGGAUAUUUCAGCCACUGCCAUGGUCUUUUAGCGUUGAUUCAAGCUCGUGGCGUUGAGCGACAUUCGUCGGGCGCGGGACACCGUUUAUUUUUGGGGAUCAGAGUACCGGCGAUUCUGUAUGUUUUGAGCCGGAGCGCAUCUACCAUCCUAUUAGAACCGUCAUGGAUGGAGGGACCUUGGAAAGAAUUACCAAAGACCCAUCUCGAUCGCGUUACGGACUGUCUUGUUGCAGCUCCCGGAAUCCUAGAACGCGUGCCAUUAUUGAGAUACCUGGGCCCGCAUCAACAAGCCGAGUUGAUCCUCGAACUGGUGGAUGAGUGCUGGCGGGUUGAUAAAAGACUGGAUUUAAUUGACAGUGAAAUACGACCUGCCAGUUCAAUCGCACUCUAUACAACAGUGCCAUCUCGAAUCAACCCAUUGGCCGAUCAAGAUGGCUGUAUAACCCUUUUCCCGCUUGUACUUUCAUUUUCCCACCCUGCAGUUGCCUCGGCACUUACGCUGCUAUGGGCAACACGUUCGAUGCUUUGGUCAGGGCUUUGCAGUCUCUACAAGCAUUAUGAAAUGCUGAAAAAAAUGUAUUCUCUGAACCCCGAACUAUUGAACGAACAUACGUCUAUUUGCGAGAAUACUGGAUCGAUGAAAUGCCUUCCAGCGCUGGAACAACGGGAGCAAUAUCUUUCCAUGGCACACAAUGUUUGCCAAUCCAUCGAAUAUUUCCUGCAAGACGAAAUGGGAAUGAUCGGAGCGUUAUCGGUUACUCCCGCAAUUGGCAUUGUGAUUGAUGCCCUAAAGAAUUGGCCAAAUCAUUCCGAAGAAAUCAAAUGGCUACAUGCAUCUUUGGGCUUGAUUGGACGGAAAGGUGCUCGCGUGCUUGAUUAUUACAAACCACAAAACAGUGCCCCAAAUACAUGA